AUGGCUCGAUUUGCGUUACAAGCCCUCUUGGGCAGUCUUACCCUCGGGGUAGGGACAGCUGUUCCAGUAGACAACCUACUGCAACAAACCCGCAACCAUGCCGCCAAAGUCGGGCUGGCUACCACAGACAACUACCACACAUUGUCGAGGAUCCAGCGUCCACCGGGUGUCUCUCGCACGCUCGACAACCUUAGGCAGAACCAGGUCAUGAACGACGACUCGUACCCUGUAGCUCUCGGCGACGACGAUUCGGGGGGAGUCGACCACAUCACAGCCGAGCUGAACCAGGUCGAAUACGUUAUGCAGGUCGGCUUCGAAGCUGAUAAAUACUCCAUGAUUCCGGACACGGGAAGCAGUGACACGUGGGUUGUCCAAGAAGGGUUCGAGUGCUUUGACCCAAACUACGGUCAGGAAGAGCCCCCGGAAUACUGCGCUUUCGGGACCCUAUUCAAGGGGGAUUUCCCGGAAGGCAAGAUCGCGAUUCAACACCUUGAUAUCUCGUAUCUGUCCGGCGACCAUCUGAGCGGCCCAAUGGGAUAUGCAGAGCAAGUUCUCACCACCCUGGAAUGCAUCACGGUAGCCGGCGUGACGAUUCCCAAGCAGCAGUUCGCCCUGGUCAACGUGGCGGCUUGGGGCGGCGACGGGAUGACGAGUGGUAUUCUCGGCCUAGGUCUACCGGGCCUCACUGACGCUUUCACUGGCAACGAUACAAGCAAGGACAGCGCCAGCAACCUCGUGAACUACUCGCCGCUCAUCGAGACGAUGGGGACAAGCAAGGCUGCGGAUCCUGUUCUCAGCUUCGCUAUGUCGCGCGAGGAGAACCGCUCGUACAUCGCGUUUGGCGGCGUGCCUCCCGUCCCGACGGGCCCGUAUACCACGGUGCCCAUCCAAAAGGCGACCACCAACACCGGCAAGACAGACUACUUCUACUACUCCAUCAAAGUCGACUCGAUGCACUGGAGUUCCCACACACUGAACCAAACCGCAACACACCUCCCCACCAUGGUCGUCGACUCCGGCACCACCAUCAACCUCUUCCCGGGCAACAUCGCCGCCGCCAUCAACGCUGCUUACGUCCCGCGCGCAACACAAGAAAGCUCCAUGGUCUGGAGCGUGCCCUGCGACGCCGUGCCGCCGACGCUCGACAUCGUCAUCGGCGGCAAGGCCAUCCGAACGCAUUCCAGCAGCAUGAUUCUGCCCGAGACCGAGCAGGCGGGUCGCUGCCUUUCGGGCAUUGGGGCUGGUCCGACUGGGUCGUAUAUCUUGGGUGAUACGUUCUUGCAGGAGAUCGUGGCGGUUUUUGAUAUUUCGGAGAAGAUGGAGCUGAAGUUUGCGCAGCGCAUUGACUAA